UCGGCUAUAGAAAAGGGACACUUUAAGUCAUUCAUGUAAAACGGGCAGCUGCUCAGGCACCCUCAACCCCCCUUGUGCACUUGCUGUAUAAGAAAGGCCAUUUAGCAAUGCACCUCAUUCUUUGCUAGUUUGUUUAAAUGGUGCACAAUAUAUUUAGCAUUUUGAGUAUGGCUGUAAGCUAUUUAUUUUCAAACAAAUACUGUUCGUGCAUGCCUACAACAUUUAUAUGUAAAUUUGUUUCUUGAAUAGUAAUCAAAAUAGCGAAAUAGUGCACAGGGUUGGAAAAAUAAUGCAUGGACUUCCAGGAAAUUCGUCCAAGACCUUUGACCUAGAUUCUAAAAUGAGGUUUUCCUUUGAUGGCGUAAAGGUGACGUUUCCGCUCAGAGCUCCUUUGCGUGGUGAGAAGUGGUACUACAACAGAUCCCUGCCACACAGGGACAGACAAACCGUUAGUCAUUACUGUAUAAUAGCGGGGUUGCGUAAAGGGUUUUUAAAUGAUGGAAGGAUAGAGAGAGAAUUUUUGUAAUAUGAAUCCUAAAAUGAUACCAGCUUUGAAAGUUAUAUAUUACGUGAGACAUUUCAUCGGGACGUACACGUUGACGUACAUGAUACCUGUGAAUAUUUUAUUAACCUAUCCGUAUAUCCUAUGUUUAAACGUUGUAGUGGUACGCCUUAUAUAGUAGAUCAUAUCUAAACAGGCCUUCUCGUUAAUUGACGGAUUGAGAAGAAAUUAUUAAACAUUCUGAUAUAAUUAGAUUGGAUUUGGGUACAAGAUGAGCGUGAUAUUACAACUUUUUAGCGCAACGGCGCUAGUUAUGCGCGAUGAUUAUUUGCUGUUUCAUUACAAUACGGCAUUAUAGAGCAACAUUAACGUUUAAAUAACAUUAACAUUAAAAUACGGCCGUAUGAACGCCGUACAGGAUAGCGUCCACUAACAGGAUUCUUAGUUAAAAACCCAAGGGAUGUCUACGGGAAUAAAAACUGAGUCCAGUCAGCCUCAGUGACUGGCAUCUGAGAAAUUAUAUAGCGGGUCCAGUAAUAAAUGAAGAACAUUGUGUAUGAGCACUUCAUCAAAGGAUGAAAAAUGGAUUUGUGCUAUCAUUUACCGUUAUCCUUUGUUAUAAUACUGCACUUCCCAAAGUACUUAACAGAUAUUUAUCAUUCUUAAUUGUAUGUAUGAAAUGUUAUGUAAUUAAAGUGUUUCAUGUAAAUUGCAGCACGCUGAUGUGUGGUAAUAUUUUAACCGCUUUUCGUUGCGAGCGUGAUGCGAAUCGCUUUAUUUCGAGCAUAUUUUAUACGCAUUACGGUAAAGACCGUAUUUCCUUGAGGCACCAGCCCUCGCUGCGGUAUUCGUGCGAAAAGUGUGUAAAAGGCGGUGCGCGCGGCGAUGGUACCGUCGACGGCUCGGUCUGCGAUGGAGGUCUGCCCGGAGGUCCCCGUGAUGCCGUCUCCUCGGCAGCUUACUCAGAACCCGCUCAAGAAAAUUUGGAUGCCAUGCAAAAAUGGGCAUCCGGAAAGAACUAUUUCUCAAAGAAAAGUGUGUAUGACCAACUGCCCCACCCUCAUUGUUACGGUUGGCCUUCCAGCUCGAGGGAAAACCUACAUCUCCAAAAAGCUAACCCGCUACCUGAACUGGAUCGGCGUGCCCACAAAAGAGUUCAACGUUGGCCAGUACCGUCGAGAGUGUUUGAAGAUUUACAAAUCGUUUGAGUUCUUUCGGCCGGACAAUGAAGAAGGUUUAAGGAUAAGGAAGCAGUGUGCAUCAGCUGCUCUGGAAGAUGUCCGGCAUUAUCUAGGAGUCGAGGGUGGCCAGGUGGCGGUGUUUGAUGCCACCAAUACCACAAGGGAACGGAGAGAGACAAUUACAAGAUUUGCUGAGCAGAAUGGCUACAAGGUGUUCUUCGUGGAAUCUGUGUGUGAGGACCCUGAUAUCAUUGAACAGAACAUUGUGCAAGUGAAGCUGGGCAGUCCGGACUACACCAACUGCAAGACAGAGGAGGCCGUGGAGGAUUUUAUGAUGAGGAUCAAGUGCUACGAGAAUUCAUACCAGACCUUGGACGAGGUUCUGGACAGGGAACUGUCCUACAUCAAAAUCAUAGACGUGGGCCGUCAGUACCUGGUGAACCGGGUGCUGGACCACAUCCAGAGCCGUAUUGUGUACUAUCUGAUGAACACUCACAUCACUCCACGCUCCAUCUACCUGUGUCGCCAUGGUGAGAGCGAUCUCAACGUCAAAGGGCGUAUUGGGGGAGAUUCUGGACUGUCGCCAAGGGGCAAGGAGUUUGGGAAGCGCCUGAAGCAAUUUAUCCUGGAGCAGAACAUCAAGGAGCUGAAGGUGUGGACGAGCCAGAUGAAGAGGACCAUCCAGACAGCAGAGGCGCUGGGUGCGCCGUACGAGCAGUGGAAGGCGCUGAACGAGAUUGACGCGGGCGUGUGUGAGGAGAUGAUGUACGAGGAGAUCCAAGACCACUUCCCGCUCGAAUUCGCCCUGAGGGACCAGGACAAGUACCGCUACCGCUAUCCCAAGGGGGAGUCGUAUGAGGACCUGGUCCAGCGGCUCGAGCCGGUGAUCAUGGAGCUGGAGAGGCAGGAGAACGUGCUGGUCAUCUGCCACCAAGCUGUCAUGCGCUGUCUCUUGGCCUACUUCCUGGACAAUUCUGCAGAGAAGCUGCCUUACCUGAAAUGUCCACUGCACACGGUAAUGAAGCUCACUCCCGUGGCUUAUGGCUGUAAGGUAGAGUCCAUCUUCCUCAAUGUGGAUGCAGUGAAUACCCAUAGAGACCGACCAGAGAAUGUUCAUAUACAUCGUACCUCAGAAGAUGCAUUGCAGACGGUCCCGGCCCACCUUUGACCUCCUGACAUCCUGGCCUGUUUGGAUGAUGUCGGACCUUUUUUUCUCAGGGACAGAAACACACUUGAACCCUUUUUGCGUCCAGGCACACCCCUCACCUAAGCCCCGAAGUUUGGGUGAUUUGCAUCAUCAUCCUCCUCCUGUUGAACUUGGCCGUUGUCUUUCCCGAAGAGGGGCUCCUACAUGUAACAUGUAAGGUAUUCACAGUGCUGUGUGGUCGGUGUCAUUUUGUAGAUGCUGUCCCGUUUCUGUGCUUUACCGGGACCACCGGUUGACUUUUUGAAUUUUACAGUGGUUUCAAUUUUAGUGCUUGGAAGCGACGGACACAAGUCCAGUGUUUAUUGGGGUAUCUUUUAUAGGAGUGGGGGGUGGUAAACCUAAACUAGCUAUUGCUUUAUUGCACCCUCCGUAUAAACUAGGCACGUUGAGAGCAGUGAUGUCACUAGGAUAAGGAAGGACAGCCCAAUUCCCAGCUGAUGGCUACAGAGACGACAGCAAACAGUGACACAGGUAGUCAGAUCAGUCUAGAAUUAAGCUAAAAGAUGCACGGAGACAGGACGAGUUUCCUGUUUGUCUGUUGCAAGGAAAGUGGACUGCUGGCCCCAGACAACAGGUGAUUGGGUGCUGUGCCUCCCAUGCUAAUCGUCAUGAGGAGUGUUGGGUGUUUACUGACUGCGUUCCUACUCAGGGGUUAUUGGGCUAACUUCUCCCACGUUCAAACCGGUGGCAAGUCACUUCCUGUGACUUGCAUGUGCUUUUCUCCAGCGGAGCGAGAGAUGCGGAAUUUAGCCUUCAGUGUGACUACAUUGCUCAAAACUGAGAAGGAAAUGCAUGCCUCACUUCUCUAUUUUGUCUCUGACCUCAGAGGGUAAAGUCAUAGCAUCCAUGCUGUCAGUGGUGUAGUAGUCUAAAACCAUUUUGUCUUUGGGUAAACAGCUCUAUGGCGGUAAGGACAUUGGGGUUGCUUUAAAUAUCCAGAUUUUGAAGGUGGUCAGCAUGUUGAUGUUGCAUUAAUAAUUGCAUUAAAUCUAAGGUCAUUAUCACUAUGUACGAAUAUACCCACAUUGUGAAUGGGCUUUACACUUCAUUUCUUACCUUAUUGGGAUGAAGGGCCUAACAACUAAACAUAAUUUGUGGCACUUAAAUACCAAGAAUGUUAAUAUCUGUAUGGGCACAAAUUCUGAUGUCGAAUUUAAUGUCUUCACAUAAAAUUUGCUAGAUGUCAGAUUUAAGUGAAGAAAUUUUAGAAUGAUCCAGAUUUUUGUACUGGGUUCUCCAUUCUUAGCUACUCUACCAGAAAACUGCCUGCACAUUCAUUCAAACGAUCGGUGUCAGUGUUUGGAAAUUGCAGAUAACUUCUUGUAUGAGCAUUAAGUUUUGUUUUGAAAUUGGUUAUGGAUUUUAAUAAAAGAUUUAAAAAAAAAAAAAAACUAUUUAAUAAAUAGUUAUAGAUUUGGUGUUAAUCAUUUUUAAGCGGUACUGGUUGGGGUAGAUUAUGGUAUUGAAAUCCUGAACCCCUUUUCAAACCUCUUUUUUUUUUUAACAGCCCACUAGUGUAGGAAGCAGCCCACACUCCAAAAGUGCCCCCCCCCCCCCACACCUCUUUCUUGGCACAUAAUUCCUUGUAUAGGGAGACAUGCAUUGACUACCAUACACUUACUCACCAGAUACUCAUCAGCUACUCUUAUAUUCAUAUAAAACCUGACACAGGUACAAAGAGUUAGCUGCAUUGUGGCGGCUCGUGUGUGUUGACAUGAUGUACAAAUUUAAGGCUUUUAAUUGAAUAUCAUACAUUGAUCCUCAUUUCAAAUAGCCAUGUGUAACUUUGGCUAGAAGACUGUUCACAUGGGAUCUAUUAUAUCACACAAGUAUGUCCCCAGCAUCCAAGUAAGAGGCACACAAGAAAAACAAGCAAAUGUUUAUAUAAUUUUUUUGUUUUCAUCAUUGUUCAUAUGGUGUUGGCAAAAUACAUGUAUGAAUCUUUGUAGAAGUUUGACAGUAUUAAAAGUUUACUUGCAUACA